AUGGCUCAGCAACCUUACCGACAGCAUGGAGGCGGCAAUGUUCCAAUCAACGCUGCCAUCGGCAAUCCCGCCAUGCCAAACGUGAACUACGGUCCGCCUCCCGCGUACCCAAUGAAUGAGCCCGCACAGGGAGGGUACCAGCAGGUAGCAGGCCAGCAUCGACACAAUGCUAACGCUGUGCGCCAAGCUGCUGCUGCUGCUGCUGCUGCUCCUGCUCCAGCUGCUGCUCCAGCUGCUGCUCCAGCUGCUCCUGCUGCUCAGCAGCAUCGACUACAGAUACAGUUGCCCGGUAUGGCAGCUUCGAGGAACGGGUUCCGGGUUCAGUAUGAUGCCCGGAUUGGAGAUCGGGAUCAGCAGGCCCCCGCCGACCUUCAUCAGAAUAACCAGCAGGCCCAGCAGGGCCAGUUGCCUCAGUUGCCUCAGUUGCUUCUGCAGCAUGAGCAUAACCAUAUGCACCACCACCAUCAUCAUCAUUUUCAUACCCAUGAUCAUAAUCAUACCCAUGAGAAUGAUGAUAAUGAUGAUGAGGAUGAUGAUGAUGCCCAUGACCAAGACCAUCAGCCAGCGGCGGCGGCGGCAGUACCAGUCGCCCCAGUCGCCCCAGUCGCCCAAGCCGGGCCAGCCAUCCCAGCCGCCCAAGCCGGGCCAGCCAUCCCAGCCGCCCAAGCCGGGCCAGCCAUCCCAGUCGCUCAAGCCGUUCCACUCGCUCUAGCCCUCCUAGUAAGAUCUGCGGCACUGCAUAUAGCAGCCCGCAAUCCCCAGGCGCUCAACAACAACAACAAUGAGCAUGUCACCGAACUAGAGAACCGUGUCCGAGAGCUGGAUGCUCGUGUUCGAUCCCGCGAGCAGCGUCCGCGCGUCCGACGCCGCCGCCGCCACCACCCACGGGUGAUGCGAAGAGUCUUUCGGCUUGGACGAGGACCGCAGAGAGAGCUGCGUGGACAGCGCGAGGAGCAGCAAGAGGAGCAGCAAGAGGGACAGAACGAGGGACAGCACGAGGGACAGCACGAGGGUCGGGGAGAGUAG